AUGAAUGCCACACUUGAUUUCACUUAUAUUCCCGAUUUAAUGUAUAUUUCAUCUGAAUUAAUAUUGAUAUUUAUCUGUAUCGUGUCUUAUUCAACUCUUCCUUUUUAUAUUUAUGUGCACAAUUUGAACCGACACAGAGAAAAAGAUUUACUCAUUGUUCAACUUUUUUGCCGAAUGGUCAAAUUGUCGUAUUUCAUGUUUAUCAUUGUUCUGGUUUCAUUGUUUCUAAUUGUCUUGCACUGCGAGACUUUUAAUACCAUAUCUGAUGGAAUUAAAUUCAAAAAUACCAGUGACUACUUUAUUGCCACUUUUAUUUUGUUGUUUAUUAUUUUAUUUUACAUUCUUCAUAUUCUACAACAAACAUUUCACGUUAUAUUGUUUUUAUUGGCAGUAUUCAAUUCUCUCAAAUAUAUUUUUUCGUUUCAUUUCAUGAAUUCACAGACUUCUAUACAUAAGUAUUUGCCGCGUUUUACUUUAUGUAUUAUUUUAAAGGAUGCUGUGUUUGGCACAUCAUUUUGGCUUGAUGAAUUAAAGUAUUUAAAUGAUGACAUUUUCGAAUGCUUUAUAGUAUGUUAUAUUAUAUCAUUUGUUUUUUUCAACUUUGUAAUUUCUGUGCUUACUCCAUUCAUUUACAUUCCUAUUAUGAUUGAUAUAAACAAAAAUCAACAUCUACAUUCUCAACAACACAUUUAUCUACAAAAUUACAUUUUUAUUCAGAGCUUUCUGGUGUUAUUUUUUAAAUUGAUCCCCGUACCGCUUGUCAUUGGAUCCAACACGAACAGCUUUGUAACGGUAGUGACAUUGUAUAUACCAGUGGAUGAUGUUAUCACUACACCACUGAUAAUUCAGCUAUCGUACUUGAGAUGUAAUAUACACGAAGUGAUUAACCUAUACUCGACAUUUGAUCUCCACAAGUUUUUAAAAGUUAUAUUUUGUAAAGCGGAUAAUUCUGUGCACCCUAAUGUAGUUCCUAUUGCAUUUUCGAUCACCUAA